AUGACAACCCACACCGAGUACAAUGAGAGGACGGCAGCGACAGAGGUCGCAAAAGCUUUCUCCGAGGAGAUCAAGGACAAACACUUCGUUGUAACCGGUAUUUCCAAGAAGUCUAUCGGAGAAGCUGUUGUCAAAGCAUUAAGCUCUCAUGCGCCAGCUUCAUUGAUCCUAGCAUCCCGCACGCGAGAGAACCUGAAAGCUGUGGCUUCAGAUAUCCGUGCUGCACAUCCCGAUACCCAUGUUGCUACUGUCGUCGUAGAUCUCCUCUCUCAGAGCUCUGUCCGUCAAGCUGCUGAAGAGAUCAAAAAGCUGGUUCCACGCGUCGACGUGCUAAUCAACAAUGCUGCGAUGAAUACAAGCAAGCGUAUCGUCAGCCCCGAGGGUAUCGAGGGCCAAUUCGCAGCCAAUCAUCUUGACGGCUUCCUCUUGACAAACCUGCUAGCCGAGCACUUUCCAACGGCCCGCAAGGCCAGGAUUGUGAAUGUAUCUUCCGAGGCUCAUCGAUGCAGCCCGAUUCGAUUCAGCGAUUGGAACCUUAUGAAAGACGAUACGGAGAUUCCUAUGUCGGAACGUGGGCCGGAUGUUACUGGUUGGGUGCCAGCAGAGAUGCUGAAAAAGGUCGACGGGUACAGCGGGAGCAGAGCGUAUGCUCAGAGCAAAACUGCCAACAUCCUCACGAGCGUUCAGGAGAACAUUAAAUGGCCAGAGAAAGUGGUCGCCUACAGCUUGGAUCCUGGAGGCGUUAUCACCAACGGCAAUCGAGAUUUUGGCGGUGAGGCUGUCGUCAAAGAGGCUAUCGCGAUGCAUAAUGUUUUCUUGAAAAACCUCGAUCAAGGCGCAGCAACAACUUUGGUUGCCGCUCUGGAUCCGGCACUAAACCAAUAUCCGGGCAACCCAUACUUAUCCCAUUGCCAAUUUGGACAAGCUGCUGACUGGGCUACUGAUAAAGAAGCCGCAGAGAAGCUGUGGAAAUUGAGUGAAGAGCUCGUUGGACAAGUAUUUCCUUAG